AUGCCUCCGAGAAGCAGAGGGCCGGAUCUCCAGCCGAUAUCUCUACUCCUAGCUUCCACAAACCUACAGUCCCGCUCUUCAACAAGCUCCAUCUGCAGACAAUGCCGUCGGUUACUCCGCCAGCAACGCCAACAACCUCUCUACGAUAGCCUGGCAACCCGACCGUUCAGCACGUCCCCAGGCUUCCAGAAGAAAUCCUCCGCGUCAUCCAAAUCAGCCCGCUCCAGCCCAGAUGUCACGUCCCAGAAAGAAAAAUCCAAACGCAUCCCAGACAACACCAGCACCAAGGAAAAGGACGCAGAGAUCGACCCGUAUGAUUUCAGGGUCCUGGAGCAGGGCAUUGCCUCUGCAAUUGCACGGCUGAAGGAUGCAUUGCUCAAGACUCGAGACGCUGGCAGGAUCACCCCUGUCAUGGUCGAGGAGCUCCCCGUGGACCUGAAUGUCAAGGGCAAGGAAACACACGGUGCUUCGCCGCACAAAGAGAGGACCAAGAUUGGCGACCUCGCCAGCGUGGUGCCCAAGACCGGCAGGAUGCUGCAGAUAUUCUGUGCGGAGGAAGCUCACGUGAAGCCCAUAACCUCAGCCCUGCAAGCCAGCUCACACAGCCUGGCGCCACAACCGGACAAUCACAACCCACUGGUGAUCCUGAUCCCCGUACCCCCCGCGACGGCCGAGACACGCGCGCAAGCAAAAGCUGAGGCUAAGAAGUGCUUCGAGCGCGCGAGCAACGACGUGCGGAACGCGCGCGGCGAUGCCCAGAAGCGGCACCGGAAGAUGGAAUUGGGCAAGCUCGUCAUCGUCGACGAGCUCCGCAAGGCCCACAAGCAGAUGGAGGAGGUCGUCCGCAAAGGCCAGGACGAGGCGAAGAAGGUCUUUGAGCAGGCGGUGAAGAGCUUGGAUGCUUGA